AUGGAAAAAUUGAUUAAAUCUCUCUUUCAAUGCUUCUUUGCACCACGAGUGAGGAAAUCUCAAAUACGAAGGUCUUGUUUUGCCAGUCUUCCUGUUGAUAUAAUUACUGACAUCUUUGUCAGACUUCCCAUCAAAUCUGUUCUCAUUUGUAGAUGUGUUUGCAAGUAUUGGAACACAUUUAUUUCUGAUCCAAAUUUUGCCAAGUUACUCUUUACUUAUACACCUCCUGCUAUCAUGAUCCGACGACGCUGUUAUUCAAGAAUCUUUCAUCUUGUUGAAUAUGACCGAAUUGAAUGGCAUGAAAGGAGAAACAAUCUAUUCUGCCUCAGUUUGUUUGAAGUCCUGGAACCCAAUAAUAGUAGCAGCAUAAAACUUGAUCCUAAAUUUGAGAUUUUUCUCCCUAAUCCCAAAUCAAUUCAGAGUAAAAGAGUUCCUCCUCUUCAUGUGCGUUCUUGUAAUGGUCUUUUUUUCAUGAGUUCUUCAAAGGAAAGUGACUAUUCAUUUGUUUGCAACCCAAUAACAGGUGAGUUCAUAAGACUUCCAAAACAACCUCCAAUCUUGACACCCUGCGAGCAAAUAUCUUGGUAUUUUGGUUUUCACCCAAAAACAAACCAAUACAAGGUCAUGAGAAUCCAUAUCUUUAAACAAGAUCAUCGUAUGGUUGUUGAAAUGCACACAGUUGGAACAUCGACAUGGAUAAAUAUUGAGGUAGAUUAUCCCAAGCAUUUGACAUAUUUGUUCAAACAUCCUACUUAUUUUAAUGGGGCACUUCAUUGGAUUGGUAUAGAUGUUGAUAGAAAUGCCUCUAUAUGGGCUUUCGAUUUUGACACAGAACAGUUCCAAUUCUUCUCUAACACGCCCAAGGGUCAAAGUAAAGGCACCAUAUUAAAAUUCAGGGGUUCUCUUUGCUUCGUGGAUUUUAAUGAGCUGCUUAUCUCAAUGUGGAUGAUGAAAGAAUAUGGAGUUGGAGAAUCUUGGACUCCCAUUUUUCUGUAUUCCGUAACUACGUCUCAGUUACCUGGUUGCAUGGCCUAUCUUGAUCGUGAAAAUCAAGAGUUUAUGAUUUUUUCCACUCCGUGGUAUGAUUGCAAGGUUCAUGGCAAGUUUCAAGUGCUUUGCCAUGUUCCUACCCUUAUCCCAUUGAAAAAUAUUAUCAUCGGAGAUAAUGUGAAGAUUCACACUAUAAUGCUUAUGUCUUAUUUUGAUUGCUUAAUUAUUGUUUUUAGCUACUCAAUAGUGUUUGCAAAACUCGUAUGCGGGAACCCGUGGCGAUAUCGGCUGGAGUCUACGGCAGCAUCGGCGGCACGGUUACGUGAGGGGAAGGAAAAGGGUUAUAUUCACGGUGAGGCUCCGACGGCAGGAACAGCGCGGCACGGCACUGCUCCGAGAGGGUGGGACGUCGCUGACCGCGAAAAGACGAUGGCGCUGCUUCGGGAAGAGAACGGUGGUGCUGAGGUUUGGGUUACAUGGUCGCUAGAUGGUUGUCGCCAACUACGAGGAGAGAGGGGACUAUGA